AUGACAAUGUUAUUCACCUAAAUAAUAUGGCGGCUACCUGCAAUAGCUAGCAUAUCAAUAACAGUUGUAAUGUCCGACAACUAGACCAAAAUCUAAAUGUUUUAUUUGCAAUAUACGUAAUUCCCCUGUUUCUUACGAAUGAUUACAAUGGUUCUUACAAACCAGAAUGCGUGUGACAUUUUGGGUCUCCCUGUAGGUGCUGAUUUGAAUUCUGUAUCAACAAAAUAUAAACAGUUAGCCAUAAAAUGGCACCCUGAAAAACACAAUUAUUCAACAGAAUCAGAACAGAGGUUUAAACAAGUUACAUUAGCAUAUAAAAGAUUAACAUCGACAGAAUUUCAGCAAGAUAUAAGCAUGAGUGAUUGUUUAUCUCUUUUUCAACAAAAAGUAUUUAAUAGAGCAGCAACAAAUGGUACCAAAUAUGAUUAUUCAGAUUCUAGUGAUAAUAGUGAUGAUGAUGAUGACGACGACAGUGAUGAUUCAGAUGAUGUACAUACAAAUAAUUUACACAAAAAAGAUUCAUCUAGAAAAAAUUCAGAGAAUGGUUUUAAAGAUUUAACAGAAGAAGAAAAGGAAAGGAGAAAAGCAGAAAAAAGAAGAGCAAAGAAAAAAAGACAAAGAGAGAGAAAGCGUUUAGAAAAGGAACAAAAAGUGAAUGGAACAACUAAAAAUAAGAAAGAUAAAAAAGUUCGGAGUCAAGAAAAGUCACAGAUGGAUGACUCCUCAUCAGAAGAAGAUACGAAUUUUGAUCCAAACUCAGCAUUUUUCACAAAAGUUGUUAGUAAAAAGAAGAAGAAUGGGGUUAAUGGAGAACAGCAACCACAAACUGUGAAAAAAGACAAAUCUCAAGAAAAGAAAAGUGAAGAUGAGGCAGAAGAAAUUGUAGAUCCUAAAGUACUUCGAAGCAGACAACUAGCUAUUAGAGGAAAUGAAAUGGCUCAGGUUGAUCAGUAUACUGCUGCAAUACAACUAUUUACUGAGGCAAUUAGCUUAGACCCAACAGAUUUUAGAUUUUUUGGAAAUCGCUCAUAUUGCUUUGAUAGAAUAGAACAGUAUGAAAAGGCUUUAAGAGAUGCUGAUAGAGCAAUAAAAUUAGAUAAAGAUUGGCCCAAAGGAUAUUUUAGAAAAGGAAGGGCAUUAGCUGGUUUAAAAAUGUUUGGUGAUGCAGAAAAAGCCUUUAUGCAGGUUUUAAAAUUAGAUAAAAACUGUGAUGAUGCCGUAGCAGAACUUUUACGAGUAAGGACCCAUCAGUUAAUGGAUAUGGGUUUUUCUAGGUCUCAAUCUGAAGCAGCUAUUAAAAAGCAUGGCUCUGUACAAACAGCUUUAGAUUCUCUUCUUACUGGUGUGGGUGAUACUACUGUAAAUGAUUUGUAUAUAUCUGAUGAUGAGGAUGAGGGAUUUAGUGUGCAUCGACCAGCACCAAUACCUCCACCUACAUCACAUCCUACUGAUGUAAAAAUGGAUCCUACAAAUCCAGAGGGUUUAACUGCACUAUGGGUUGGUAAUGUUUUACCAUCUGUUACAGAAAAACGACUUAAUCAGUUAUUUUCAAAAUUUGGGCAGGUCACUAGUGUUAGACCUCUCCCAGAAAAAUAUUGUGCUUUUAUAAAUUUUAAAACAAAAGAGGCUGCAGGAAGAGCUAUGCAUCAACUACAGGGAACUGAGGUUGAUGGACAAAAGUUGCUUAUAAAGUUUCCAGAUAAUCCUUUGACCAAUACGACUGGAAACUUGACUAUACGUAAAAAUAUAACCAAUACUGGUGCAGCUAAACAAGGGGUAAGAAAUACACCAAAACAGAGUGGCCCAGUAAAUGGGGAUGAAUGCUAUUUCUGGAGGACAACAGGCUGUACAUUUGGAAGUGAUUGUAAAUGGCAACAUUAUCCUAAAAGUAAAGGCAUUGACAGAAAACCGUGGCAAAAAUAGCAUCAAACAAUGUUUUAAAAUUUAAAUUCUCUUUAGUAAAUUAUAUAUAAAUUUAAAAAAUUUUGACGACAGAUAAUGCUUUUAAGAUGACACUUGGGGUGUCCCUAUUUAUAUAUACUUACAAAGUUGUUUGUAUAAUUCUACACAAAACUGUUUUGUUGGUUAUGAGAACAAAUUAUAUGAAGAACUUCAGAACUGUACUCUGCAGUCAAGCUUUGUGAUUAAUUCUGUUUAUAAAUUCAAAUUAUAGCUCAAUUUUUUUAAACAGAUAAUGUUAUGAUUUUGUUACAGAUUUUAUAAAAUGGUUUUGUUAUUUUUUUAUUAAAGUAGAGGGAAGCUGCUAGAUUAAGAUCUGAAUGCAAAGCUCAAACUUUUUUAUACUUAUAAUAUAAAAAAUAUUGAAUCCAUCAAAACACCGCCUUAUGGAACUGCCUUGUCAGUUCACAACAGUAUUGAACAGAAAUUUCUUUUACAAGCAGGCCUUGGUGCCUGAUAUUACACUAACAAGACUUAUUCACAAAUCUGGUGAUGAAGAGAUUUCUGAUAUUUAGAAAUAAUUUGAAUGUGCCAUUUAUUUUCAUUAAAAAUGUUAACUUUCUACUUGUUUUGUUUUGUCUAUUAAAUAAAUUCACUAAACACAUAAUGGAGAAUGAUGUAGUUGUCUCUAUGAGAACUAAGUGUAUCAGUGAAAUCUAUUUAGACGCAGCCAUUGUUUUCAUACACUUUAUUAUGAAAUUAACCAGUUUUAUAUUUUAUCAAGAUUUACAAGGCAUUGUGUUUGUAUAAACUUUAUCAAUUUCUUCACCUAAAUGAUGAGGAAAAGGUAUUUUAAAUAUUUAAUGCACCAUGAAGCAUAGUGCUGGUAGGAAAUAAAUUACUUGAAGAUGAGGUAAUUGGCUUAUGAAAAUGUUUUUUUAUGCUUGCAAUCUAUUUAUUACUCUUGUUCUGAAAACAUUUAUAGAUAUGAUCAAUAUUCCAGCUAAACUCUCAAUUUUAAAAAUACUUGAACAAAAAUUUUCUAUUUUUUAAACUUUUUUUUUUUUUUUUUUUUAUAAAAUAAAACAUUCAUUAAUUAUUAGUAAAAAUGCAAAGACUAAUUACUGAAUAGAACUAGUUGGGCAAAAGCCUUUCAAAGGAUGAAAAAAAAUUGUUUCCUUUAAAAUCAUUAUCCAGAUUAACAAAUAUUUUAACAACCUGUCUUUUUUUGUGUGGAAAAUAUUUGCACACUAAUCUUGACAACAAAAAUCUAAAACAAUAUGAGAAGACAUAAUUUUCCAUUAUUUAUGUUAAAGUGCCUUGACUGUGGUUUGUGGUCCUUCCCAUAGUUCAUGGUUUAUCAUUCUCAUCUCAUUUUCCCAAAUCAUGAAGGGUAAGGUGAGGGACAUCUUUAUUAAUGUUUAUUACAUUUUAAGACAAAAAAUCUAUUCAAUCUGCUUUCUUAAGAAAUUUAUUUUAAAAAAUUGUAAAUAUAAAAUAUACAUACAUGUAUAACUGUUGCAAUAUUUUUUUUGCAUGAAAUGAAUAAGGCAAACAUUAGUGUUGAUAGUGGAAGAUCAAAAUUUGCACAUCAGGUUUAUGACUUUCAGCAGGUAUUAAAUUGUGUCCCUUUACAUCAUUUUUAUUUUAAAUUUAACUAGUGCAGAAAUGUUAAUUUAUUUUUGCCAUGUUUUGCAUAAGUCUAUACUUUGAAGAUUUUAUUCAUCAAGCUUCUGUUUAAUGUUUUUUUUUUGCUUGUAAUUUUUAGACUGGUAUAUAAUAGAAUCAGCUUCUAACAGAAAUAAUACUGAAAAAUAAUUGCCUUCUAGAGCUUAGUGAAGGUGUUAUCUUUUCAGAUAAAUUUAUACUCAUGUAUUGAAAGAUAAGAAUACUGCUUUUUAUUAUGUAAUUGCUGAAAUCUUAAUUUUUGUCUUCCACAUCCACUUAGUUUAUAAGAUCUGUAAUAAGAAUCUCUUAUUUUAGAGCCAUGUUACUAGUAGUACAUGAGAAUCCUAGUUAAAAAUUUCUUGUUAGAAUUUAUAUCAUGUUUACAGACUUAUUGAAUUUUAAGUGAAAAAGAAUUAUCAUUAAAUAUAAACCCAAUGAGUUUAAAUUUAAAAUAAAGAAUAUUUUUAUUAGUUCAUAAUCAUUGUGUAAGUCUUUAAAAAAGUAUGAAAUUUCUUUUUAAGUUUGCUUUUUUUUGUUGUUCAUGUGUUUGAAAUUAUUUAAGUUUUAACUUAAGAACUGCUGGCACUCCAAAAUUUAAACUAUAUUUAUUGUUGCCAUACAAACAUCACAAGUAAUGAUUCGACUUCAUGCUAGUUUUUUCUUUAAAUAAAGAUUAUGUGCAACUUGGUAGAUUCUUGUCAUAAAUCAAGGUGUUGGAAGUGAGUAAAAUUACUCAAUUGUUUAGCUCUUGCUUUAUUUUUUUCUUGUACCAUAAAAUUCUUGAUGAUAAUACACUAUGUUUUAACACUACA